AUGCAUUUCAUUUGGGCGUCGUUUUUGCGGGAGUGGGAAGACACAGGCGAGGGUAGACCACCGUGGGUUCCUCCGGAGGUGUUGUGCAGUAAUUGCUUAACGGGUGUCACGGCCGGAUACCCUGGGACGACGUGGGACUUGAGCAUCGGUCACUUCACUCAAGUGAUGUGGGAAAAAAGCACAGGCCUAGCAUGCGCCCGGACUACAGGCUGCACCGGAUGGAACCAACUGUUCUGCCUCUACAGCCCUCCAGGCAAUUACGAGGGCGAGGCGCCUUUCUCGGAGGCGGUGUGGAAGUCCAUCAAGAAGCGCGACGGUCUCUCUGGCGCCAUGGCUCUCGCGCCGGUCAGCACAGGCGCAUUGGCUGUCGCAGCUGGUGCAUUGCUGCACGUCCUCGUUGCGUAA